UUGCCAUCAAGUCCAAAGAACCUCAAACAACUCGGUCAAACUGAACAAAUGCUAUUGAAAUUUGAGGAUGACCCCUCAUUUUUUCUUCAUUUUCCCUCUCCUUUCCCCAGUUCUUCCUUUGCAUGUCUCAGUUGUCGUCUUCACCAUAAAUACCCAAAAUAUUGAUUCGAUGUUAUUCCCCUUUUUAUUGUUUCUUCUUUUCUAAAAGCUAGCCACUAGCUAGGUUACAACCCAUUUCAGAUGUAAUCAUUUUUUUUUUUUUUGGAAUAAUUGGUGCCGCAAGAAAGAUUGGCCAAGUCAAGAUAUCAUUUUUCAAGAACCUUUUUAAGAAAGUGGUUACGCGUUAAAUGACUUUUUAUUUUUUUCAAUUCAAGACGCCAUUAGUGCUCAAUCUCGACAAGCUUUGCACUGGUCUCUCUCUCGCUCUCUCUCGCACACACACACAAACACACACUGAUCAAGAAAUUCUGCUACAGAGCGACAUGGAGACCUGCUUCAGAUCUUUGUCGAGAAUCACAGCCUCAACCAUUUUGCUAGUUUUCCUUUGUUCUUGCCUCAGCUUUACUUCAACAGAUGCUUAUGAUGCACUUGAUCCUAAUGGAAACAUCACAAUUAAGUGGGAUAUAAUCAAUUGGAGCCCUGAUGGCUAUGUUGCUGUUGUGACCAUAUUCAACUUCCAACAAUACCGCCACAUUCAAGCCCCUGGCUGGACUCUCGGGUGGACUUGGGCCAAGAAAGAGGUCAUAUGGGGCAUGAUGGGCGGUCAAACCACCGAGCAAGGAGAUUGCUCGAGAUUCAAAGGGAAUAUUCCGCAUUGCUGUAAGAAAGAUCCUACUGUCGUGGAUUUACUGCCCGGUACCCCUUACAAUCAACAGAUUGCAAAUUGCUGCAAAGGAGGCGUGAUCAGCUCGUGGGCCCAGGACCAGGACAAUGCCGCCAGCUCGUUCCAGGUCAGCGUUGGUUCUGCCGGGACCACUAAUAAGACGGUUAGGUUGCCGAAGAACUUCACACUGAGAGCACCUGGGCCCGGCUACACGUGUGGGCCCGCUAAGAUUGUGAAACCUACUAGGUUCUUCUCGCAGGAUGGAAGAAGAGUGACUCAAGCCAUGAUGACAUGGAACGUUACGUGCAUGUAUUCUCAGUUUUUGGCCCAAAGAACCCCGACUUGCUGUGUGUCCCUCUCGUCAUUCUACAAUGACACUAUUGUCCCUUGCCCGACCUGUACUUGCGGUUGCCAAAAUACCACUGCUCCAUCUGGAAGCUGUGUAAAUCCGGAUUCUCCACACCUUGCCUCAGUUGUUUCUGAUAAUUCGAAGAACUUGGCUCCUUUAGUCCAGUGCACGUCCCAUAUGUGCCCAAUUCGAGUCCACUGGCAUGUGAAGGUAAACUACAAAGAAUAUUGGCGUGUGAAGGUCACCAUAACAAACUUCAAUUACCGGAUGAAUUACACGCAGUGGAAUUUAGUCGUUCAACACCCGAAUUUGAAUAAUCUCACACAGAUAUUCAGCUUCAACUACAAACCGCUAACUCCAUAUCAAAAUAUAAAUGAUACUGCAUUGUUGUGGGGUGUGAAAUUCUACAACGAUUUGCUCAUGCAAGCUGGCCCGUUUGGCAAUGUUCAGUCGGAGCUUCUAUUCCGUAAGGAUAAAUCGAGCUUCACGUUCGAAAAAGGUUGGGCUUUUCCUAGAAGAAUCUAUUUCAAUGGAGAUAACUGUGUGAUGCCACCUCCCGAUGCGUAUCCCUAUCUACCAAACGCCGGUUUAAGGAAUAAAAAUAUCCCCUUGCUCAUGCUAACAAUAAUCACUCUGUUUUCAUCCAUGGCUCUCCAUUUUGCCUAACAUGUUUUGCUACUGUUGUCAAUAAAUUUUUCGAGUACAAUGUGAUAGAUACAACAAUGUGUGUAUACAUGAAAAUUAUUGGUUAUUAUUUCAUUUUUCCAUCUUUCAUGUUCACAAAUCUAGCAAUUCAACUGUAUAAUUUCUGUAUGUAAAACUGUAUACAAG